AUGGAAGACCCCAAACCUUCUUCUCGAACCCAGGGGCUAGCCUACGCACUAGCACGAGCGCUGGAUUCUUGCUUGUCUGGUAACGCAAGAGGCGCGGAAGAGAGCUCUUGGGUUCUCGACUCUGACAUUGAGAAUGGACGCACGCGACGGUCAAGCGCUCCAUCGCUAGAAGACUUUCGAACUCCGCGGACUAGUAUUGACGAAUCCGGAAAUACUCAGAUGCUAAUCAAGCAAAAAUAUGAUUCUAAGGAAGGCUAA